CCAAAAUAAAGAAACAAUAUAUUUUUUUUAAGGCAGGUGCUCCAAAGUUCAUUAUCCCAAAGGAAAUUUUGAACAACCUUUUGGAGGAUGGAUUUCUCAUUUCUGACAUAGCUAACCUGUUAUCAGUAUCGGAAAGAACAAUAUAUAGAAGGAUGGACGAAUAUGGAUUAAAAAAAGAGUAUUUCACAGACAUCGAAGAUGGCGCUUUAGAAGACUUAAUUACAAAUGUAAUUACCGAGUUCCCUUUUUGUGGAGAAACCUUACUAAGACAAAUUCUGGUUCAAAAAAAUGUAAAGGUACAAAGAUCAAGACUUCGGGAAAUUCUACAUCAUGUUGAUGACAAUGGAAUACAAGACAGGCGUGCAGGAAGGCUGAAAAGAAGAGUUUACAAUGUGCAGGGUGUUAAUCACCUUUGGCACAUUGACACUAACCAUAAACUCGUACGAUGGAAUUUCAUCAUAGCUGGAGGAAUUGAUGGCUUUAGCAGAUUUAUCACUUUUUUAAAAUGUAUUGAUAACAACAAAGCAGAAACGGUUGCAAGUUGUUUUCUUGAAGGAGUAAAUGAAUUUGGGCUUCCACUUAGAGUAAGGUCUGAUAAAGGUAUGGAAAAUAGUAAAGUUGCCGAUUUUAUGAUUGAAAGGCGAGGAGCAAAUCGUGGAAGCAUGAUUGUUGGUAAAAGUGUACACAACCAACGCAUAGAGAGACUAUGGCGUGAUGUCUUUGAUGGUGUUCUUGCAUACUAUUAUGUGUUAUUUUACUUCAUGGAAGAUGAAGGGUUGUUAGACCCUCUGGAUGAAAUUCAUAUGUUUUCACUGCAUCAUGUAUUUAUGCCAAAAAUAAAUGAAAAACUGUGUAUCUGGAGGGAAGCAUGGGCACGCCAUAGAUUGCGCACUGCAAAAUCAUCUCCUAUACGCUUAUGGUUAGCUGGACAAAUGAAUAACCCAAUAGGAACACAGAAUGACCUAGCGGUUGAAGACGAAGAAUUUUAUGGAGUAGAAGGAGCUCUUUUUGAUGAAGAAAAUCCAAGACCCAUCUAUCAUAGUCUGACAUUCACACCCUCUCAUGAGUGCAAAACUGAAUUACAUGAACAGUGUCCUUCAGGAUGGACAUCAACUGCUUAUGGAAUGGAUGUUUUCUUGAAAGCACUUGAAAUUAUUCAUUCAUUUCAUGAACUAUAAUUUCUUCAGUAUUUGCAUGCAUCUGACUAUGCAAGCUUUUCAGAGAUUCUGUCAUGGACAAACAUGUACAUGUAUUCAUCUCGCUAGUCA